AUGGUCCCACAACAACCACAGCUGAACCCACAACAACCACAGCUGCUCCCACAACAACCACAGCUGAUCCCACAACUACCACAGCUGUUCCAACAACAACCACAGCUGAUCCAACAACAACCACAGCUGCUCCCACAACAACCACAACUGUUCCCACAACAACCACAUCUACUCCAACAGCAAUCACAGCUGCUCCCACAACAACCGCAGCUGCUACCACAACAACCUCAGCUACUCCCACAACAACCACAGCUGCUCCCUCAGCAAAUACAGCUACUCCCACUACAAACACAGCUGUUCCAAAAACAACAGCUGAUCCUAUAACAACCACAGCUGAUCCCACAACAACCACAGCUGCUCCCACAACAACCACAGCUGAUCCCACAACAACCACAGCUGAUCCCACAACAACCACAGCUGAUCCCUUAAAAACAACAGCUGAUCCCACAACAAACACAGCUGCUCCUACAACAACCACAGCUGCUCCCACAACUACCACAGCUGUUCAAACAACAACCACAGCUGAACCCACAACAACCACAGCUGCUCCCACAACAACCACAGCUGAUCCCAAAACUACCACAGCUGUUCCAACAACAACCAUAGCUGAUCCCACAACAACCACAGCUGCUCCCACAACAACCACAGAUUAUCCCACAACUACCACAGCUGUUCCAACAACAACCACAGCUGAUCCAACAACAACCACAGCUGCUCCCACAACAACCACAGCUGUUCCCACAACAACCACAUCUACUCCCACAGCAACCACAGCUGCUCCCACAACAACCUCAGCUACUCCCACAACAACCACAGCUGCUCCCUCAGCAACUACAGCUACUCCCACUACAACCACAGCUGUUCCAAAAACAACAGAUGA